AUGGCGACGAGCUUCUCUCGCCUGCCCCCUCUACCGCCACUGCGAGAUUUCAUUCACAUGUAUCGUUUACGAGCGAAGAAAGUGCUUUCACAAAAUUACCUCAUGGACAUGAAUCUCACUAGAAAGAUUGUGCGGUCAGCUGGAGUUCAGCCUGGAGAUUGGGUAUGUGAAGUGGGGCCUGGUCCAGGUGGGAUUACUAGAGCUAUCUUGGAAUCUAGUUGUGAUCGCCUAGAUGUUGUUGAGAUCGAUAAACGAUUUAUUCCACCUUUAGAGCAUCUUGCAGAAGCUGCGGAGGAUCGCCUGCAUAUUCAUCACGGUGAUGUGUUGAAGACAAAUAUCGGCGAAUUUUGGAGUAAAGAGGUUGGGAAUCGGUGUAGGGAGUGGAAUGAUAACCCUCCGCCCAUGCAUAUUAUUGGGAAUUUGCCAUUCAAUAUUGCAUCUCCUCUAAUAAUCAAACUGCUAAAAGAUAUGUCGUAUCGCAGCAAUGUAUGGCGAUUCGGGCGCGUACCACUAACGUUGACUUUUCAAAUGGAAGUAGCGAAACGAAUAUGUAGUCCGAUCGACGAUGACGCUCGUUCAAGGCUUUCAAUUAUGGCCCAGUACCUAACUGAGCCGAAGUUACUAUUUACAAUUCCUGGAACUUGCUUUGUUCCUCCACCGGAGGUUAAUGUAGGAGUGGUUCGAUUUCUUCCUCGAGCUCAGCCUCUGAUUAAUGUCCCUUUCGAGGUUGUCGAGAAGCUUUGUCGGCAAGUCUUUCACUAUCGACAAAAGUAUAUAAUCAAGGGACUGAAAACACUGUAUCCGAAGGAGAUAGCUGACGAAAUGGCUCAUCAGCUGCUGAAAGCUUGCCGAGUGAAUCCAAAAGCUUCUUCAGUUCAACUUGGUGUCGAAGAAUUUGCUGAUUUAGCUAGUGGAUACGAAAAGCAAUGUCAAGAAAUGCCUGGUCUCUUCCCAUACGACUACAUAAAGCCUAAACGAACUGUGGAAAUACUAGCUAAAACAGCGAACGCUUUACCGCCAACAAAUCCAUUCCUGGUGGAGAAAAUGCCUGGUGAGGGUAUACGGUUAACAGAAGCGGUGUGUGGCUCUUUCGAUUACCGGUCAUCUCUUUCCUCGCUCCUUUCACUGGGAAAAAUGAUCGGUGCAAUGGCUGGUUUCGCAAGCGAACCUCUUGCGAUGGUUGGUGGCGCAAACUCACCUAUUGCAAUGGCUGGUGGCGCAAACACUCCCAUUGCAAUGGCUGGUGGCGCAAACGCACCUAUUGCAAUGGCUGGUGGUGCAAACACACCUACUGCAAUGGCUAGUGGCGCAAACACACCUACUCGUGGUUCAAGCCCACAUCCUAUCGUUACCCUGCAGCCUGGGAUGUCACCACAACAGACGGGGCCGGGACCAGUAGUUGCUGCGCUAAUGCAAGACGAUUAUGGCGCACAACCUUUACAGGGAAUUGUUCCUGUAUGGAUGCCUGUACUUGAUCCAAUACCGGGUGUUCCAACUGGUCUCGAAUAUCUUGCAAUGGUUGACACGAUAAUGAUAUUUCAACAAAUGGAGCCUCUGGAAUUUAUGACCGGUUACGAGAUAAGCAACAAAUAUCGAGUGACGAAUGCAGCAAGAGAACAGAUCUACUUCGCUGUUGAGGAGUCAGCAUUCUUUCACAGAAAAUGGUACGGGAAUGCAAGACCCUUCACAAUGCAUGUUAUUGACAAUGCUUACAGGGAUGUAAUGAUUGCACAGUCCCCGAAGAGAAUCCCUGUUGGAGGUUAUCUUGGAUGUUCCAGUGCAAAAUGCUUUAUAGAGGCACCGCCAACAUCCCCGAUCGCAGCAGUUCAACAACGACAAGGACAUUGCUCACCUAAUUUCGCAGUGAUGGAUGAGUCCGGAAAUCCAGUUUUGAAGAUUAAAGCACCUUUUUCACCUACGAAAACGGAAACAGAGUUCUCGGUCCUUAGCAUGGAUAACACUGUUAUUGGCAGUAUAAACAGACAUUGGGGUGGUCUUAUGCGUGAAAUGAUGACGGAUGCGGAUAUUUUUAGCGCUACGUUUCCUCUUGAUCUUGAUGUACGAGCAAAGGCUGCCUUACUUGGAGCGACGUUUUUGAUCGAUUUCAUGUUGUUCGAAGAGCACCAAAUGAUAAAAGAAAAACGGGCAAAACCUCGUGAUUGA